AUGAGUGGAUACCUCGGUAGCAUCACCCUACCCCCGACGUUGUUGCACGACCCUAAGUAUCCUCCAGCCAUGCGAGAAAAGGACUCGAGUCCUCGAAAGAUGCCGGGCCACAUAAGCCCGAAGCAGGCGAGUAUUUAUCCAUUGAGCGUGCGAGUACCAGACGUCGAGGAAUUACCGUACGAUCUCAGUCAUGGGCACGGUCGUGGUUUGUCAAGUCCGACCUUGAACCAGCAACAACAUCAUCACCAUCAGCAACAACAGCAACCUCACAUGAGUCCAGCUGCGAGACCACCGCAACCUCAUCAACAGGAUGACCUCGAAUGUGAACCACUCGAUUUACGCGUCGAUCAUAAAAAAGAAAGGCUCAGGGAUGAGAAUCAGAAUGAGAUCGAAGUACUCAAUCAAAAUAGUCUCGGUGGUAGUAGUAUACCUUAUCACACGGUCCUAUUUCCUCAACAUCAUGCAGUCCAUCCUUUGGUACUCGAAGCUAUGUACAGAUCGCAUCAUCAUAAUUCUACUGUCACGGAUCUACCGAAAAUUCAAGUAAGAGCAUUGCCCACGAUGGUACCAUUACCACCCAAUAGAUUUUCCUCAACGACUUCUUCCACUUCCUCGUCUUCCUCAUCACAACCUACCGCUAGAGUACCUAGUCCGAUCGGUACUACUCAACAACAUCAACCUACCCAACAACAAACUCAUCAAUCACAACAACAACAACAACAACAACAACCACAACAACAGCAACAACAACCACCAGCGCAACAACCAACAGCGCAACAGCAACAAACCGCUAGCUUACCACCCUACUCGAUCACAGUUCAAGCUGGUCUAAAACCUAAAGACAGAUACUCGUGUAAAUUUUGUGGCAAAGUAUUUCCCCGAUCGGCUAACCUUACGAGACAUCUUCGAACUCAUACAGGUGAACAACCAUACAAAUGUAAAUACUGCGAGAGGAGUUUCAGCAUCUCGAGUAAUCUUCAACGUCACGUUAGGAAUAUUCAUAACAAAGAGAAACCAUUUAAGUGUCCCCUUUGCGAGAGAUGCUUCGGUCAACAGACAAAUUUGGACAGACAUUUGAAGAAACACGACGCAGAUGGUCCGACGAUACUCGACGAGGUCAGAUCGAGGUAUCACGGACAAUUACCUAGAGCCGACGAUUCCUAUUUCGAAGAGAUACGCAGUUUUAUGGGAAAGAUAACAUCCCAAAGGCAAGGUAUACCUUAUUUUCCGGGUCUUCUGAGUCACACGCAAGACGAUUUCAGAAGCGACAAACAACAGUUGCAAUUGGAAGAGAAGAGAGGUGACUCGUCUUACUUCAGUGAUCGAGACAACUUAAGUUCGAGGUCGAGUAGCACAACGAGUAGACCUGAGAGUGUACAGGAAGAACAAAGAGACGUCAAUUCGCCGCCAUUGUCACCUGGAAAUAAUACUUGA